UUGGAAGAUAAUGUAAUUAAUGUCCACACCCCCACACUAUACACCCCUCUUCAUCACUCCACCCCUCCCUCCUUUGUGAUUGAAAAUGAGAGUACCUUCAACUUUAAAAAGAAAAUAGAUGAGCGGUCUGCACCCGCAAGGCGGUGCUCUUGUUAAAUUAUGUUUUCUCAAGGAUAAUCAGCCUUCAAAAAUCCUGCAACUAUAAUUACAGCAAAAUUAAUAAAUAUUAACCAAUAUUCAAAAAAAUGUUCUAUGAAUAAUUAUUUGUUAAAUGCAUAAUAGUUUGCUAAUAUGCCGAUGUGCUUGUGACAUGUUAAACCUCUCAUUAAGAAAUAGCAAUAUAUGUGCAUGAAUAUUAAAUGAAAUUUCAGUUUGAAAAAAGAUCAUAAUAACAACAACAACACUGGAUAAAUAAUUAAUAUGUAAUAGUACAUUUGUCCUGAUUGACUUUUUUUAUUUCUUAAUAUUAUCUGUACUGUUUCCAAGUUAUGACCAUUCUCUGUAUUUAGUGCAUGUGGGUUAAAUGUUAUUUUGUUGUCUGUGAUACUUUACUUGUUGAUUUACUGUUUGCUGUCAAGUAUUGUGCUUUUGUGGCAGCAACUUUUUAAUUGUUAUUUUACUUAUUUUAAACUUACCAUAAUCUGUUGACAGUUUUGCUUAUUUAUUUGUAAGGGUCCACAUAAUUUGACUGUCUUGAUGUAAAGUGUUUUCAUAUCUUCCAAUUAUUUAAUUGUAGAAGAAGCUAUCGCUACUUUGUUUAUAUGGAUUUCAGUAUCAGGGGAAUUAACCCCCAUAUAUAUCUGCUUUUGUUUUAACAGAUGUAUGUCCCUGUUUAACUUUGUAAAUGUUGCUACAUUUUCAUCCUGCAACAUGCAAAUGCUACAGGCUUUGGUCACUCCUGACCUUGUUAAAAAUAUGUUUGUAUAAAACCUACUUCAAUACGAUAACUUAAUAUUAUAUUGAACUACAAAUUGCAUACUAUGUGCUGUUUUAAAUUAAGGAAAUAGUACGAGUUUUAUUAUUAUGCGUUGGUUAUCAAAAUGGAUCUUAUCAUGUGUAAAUACUUUGACGUCGUAAUGGAAAUCUAUAAAAUAAAUUAUUUUAUUUUCCUGCCUAUACAGCAUUAUCAUUAUAUACAUUACUCCAGGUUUAACAGAGCUGAUCUUGAACAUAGACAAGUAAGGAGAAAUGGAAGUUUCCAAAUGUUAAAUAAAUUCGUAUUUACAAAAUACAAGCUCAAGAUAAGUUUGAACAAUAGUUUUAAAGAAAAAGUUUUGGAAACAGUUACUUGCUUUGAAAUAUUUAAGUUUGAGAUAAAUGGGCAUAUCAACGUUCACUUUUCUUAGAGAAAUCCAUAAUUAUUUGUGAAAUCAAUAAAUUUACCAUGGAUAUGGAGUAAUGCUAAGUGCAUGAGAAACGUUUUUGUAGCAUUAGGCUGAUUUUGUAUUUGUGAGUAUGAAUCCCCCUAGAACCAUACCCUCAACACUUGUUUAUUUUUAGCUUAUCUAUUUUUUGAAAAAAAAAAAUGAGCUAUUGUCAUCACCUGAGCGUCUGCAUCAGCGUCCGGUUAAGUUUUGUGUUUAGGUCCAAUUUUCUCAUAAAGUAUCAAAGCUUUUGCAUUCAAACAUGGUACACUUACUUACUAUCAUGAGGGGACUGGGCAGGCAAAGUUAGAUAACUCUGGCUGGCAUUUUGACAGAAUUAUGUGCCCUUUUUAUACUUAUAAAAUUGAAAAAUCGGUGUCGGCGUCCGGUUAAGUUUUGUGUAUAGGUCACCUUUUCUCAUAAAGUAUCAAAGCUAUUGUAGUCAAACAUGGCACACUUACUUACUAUCAUGAGGGGACUCAGGUUCAGGUUCACUUUAUUCCUAAACUAUCAUAAGGGAACUGUGCAGGCAAAGUUAUGUAACUCUGACUGGCAUUUUGACAUAAUUAUGUGCCCCUUUUAUACUUAGAAAAUUGAAAAUUCAGUUAAGUUAUGUGUUUAGGUCCACUUUAUUCCUAAAGUAUCAUAGCUAUUGCUUUCAUACUUGCAACACUAACUAAUUAUCAUAAGGGAACCGUGCAUGCAAAGUUAUGUAACUCUCCUCCCCCCUCUCAACCUCCGACCACGGUUAAAAAAUACAAAUAUUUAUUUUUUAUUAUUUUUAAAGACUGUCCAACCAUCAUUAAAUCAUGUUUCUUGCAUUAAUUAGUGUCUUUAUUUUUUUAUAUGCCUAAACACUUUUAGUUGAACGCUUAAUUAAUUAAAGAAAUGCACUCAAGAGAAUACAUUUAGGCUGUACUUGAGUAAUGAGCCAUGAGUAAUAUUUCUUGUAUCUUUAAUAUGAGUUUAAAAAGUCUUUGUGUUGCUACAUAUUAAAAUUGUAGAUGUUAAUUUUCUUUUGUUCAAUAUUUGUGAUUUUACUAUGUAAUUAUUCAAUAUGAAAUUAUUUGAAUUAAGUUCGCAGUGCCUGUGAUUGAGUUGAAAUUGAAUAUUAAUAGAAUUUGGUGAUAUUCUUAACCAUUCAUAAUGUAACGUUUAUUUCAUGAUUUCUAUUAAAAUUUCUGUCUUAAGGAACCAAACUUAAUCAAAAGUAUGCAUUAAUCAAGAGUAAUGUUUGUACUCAUAUGUUUUUAUUCUAUCAAACAUGUAUGAUUCAAGUGGAAAUCAGAAAUUUAAUUUUUGUUUAAGAUUUGUACUAAUCUGUUUCGAUACAGUUCUUUCAUUCUUAUCUUUUAUAAAAGCAAAUUUUAGAAAAAGUGUAACAUACAAUGUAUAAUAAUUUUGAUUGUUGAAAUAUACUAAUACCAUUCUGAAUUGUGCCAUUUCUGUGCCAUUCCUGGACACAUUAAUAAUUAUCAUGUGUUCAUUAUAAACUUCAUUAUAUAAAACCUUCUGACUGUCCUUUUACUUAAAUAUAACCCAAAUAUUUUUGGAAUUUAUUCAUAUACUCAUUAAUUAUUGUUUAUUGUUAGCCUUACUUGAAAGUUUGCUGAUCAUGAUGUGUGGUAUAUACAUGUAUAAUGGCUGUACAAUUUUGAUUUUAAAUGACACUUGACAAAUGAUAGCAGCAGUGAUCCUGAUGUUGAUAAACAAUUACUGAUAGUAACUUUAAACAUUGUUUUUAGCUCAUCUGAGCACGUGGUGCUCAUGGUAAGCUUUUGUGAUCGCUCUUUGUCCGUCGUGCAUUGUCCGUUGUCUGUCGUGCGACGUCAAAAUUUGCCUUGUUAACUCUCUAGAGGCCACAUUUAUUGUCCAAUCUUCAUGAAAUUUGGUUAAAAGAAUUGUCUAAUGAUAUCUUGGAUGAGUUCAAAAAUGGUAACCUUUGCUUGAAAAACAUGGCUGCCAAGGGGCUGGGCAUUUUUUCUUAUAUGGCUAUAGUAAUAUCUUGUUAACACUCUAGAGGCCACAUUUAUUGUCUAAUCUUCAUGACACUUGGUCAGAAGAUUCAUCCCAUUGAUAUCUUGGGCGAGUUCGAAAAUUAUACAGAUUGGUUGAAAAGCAUGGCCGCCAGGGGGCGGGGCAUUUUUCCUUAUAUGGCUAUAGUAAAACCUUGUUAACACUCUAGAGGCCACACUUAUUUUCCAAUCUUCAUGAAACUUGGUCAGAAGAUUUGUCCCAAUGAUGUCUUGGAUGAGUAUGAAAAUGGUAACAUUUGCUUAAACAAAAUGGCUUCCAAAGGUGGGGCAUUUUUCCUUAUAUGGCUAUAGUUGGCUAUAGUAAAAUCUUGUUAACACUCUAGAGGCCACAUUUACUGUCUGAUCUUCAUGAAACUUGGUCAGAAGAUUCAUCCCGAUAAUAUCUUGGACAAGUUAAAAAAUGAUGCCCUUUGGUUGAAAAACAUGGCCGCCAGGGGGCGGGGCAUUUUUCCUUAUAUGGCUAUAGUAAAACCUUGUUUACACUCUAGAGGCCUAAUUUAUUUUCAGAUCUUCAUGAAACGUGGUCAGAAGAUUUGUCCUAAUGAUAUCUUGGAUGAGUUCAAAAAUGGUUUUGAUUUCUUUAAAAACAUGGCCACCAGGGGUGAGGCAUUUUUCCUUAUAAGGCUAUAUAUGGCUUUUGUAAAACCUUGUUAACACUCUAGAGGCCACAUUUAUUGUCCAAUCUUCAUGAAAUAUGGUCAGCAGAUUUGUCUUAUUGAUAUCUUGGAUGAGUUCGAAAAUGGUUACGUUUGCUUGAAAAACACGUCUACCAUGGGGCGGGGCAUUUUUCCUUAUAUGGCUAUAUAUGGCUAUAGUUAAAUCUUGUUAACACUCUAGCGGCCACAUUUAUAGUCCGAUCUUCAUGAAACUUGGUCAGAAAAUUCAUCCCAAUAAUAUUUUGUUAUCUCAGCCGAGCGACUUUGGGCCUUUCAGGCCCUCUUGUUAAAAGAUCUGUUUGCUUAACAUCGACAUGGCAAUUACCAGAAUGCAUAUAUUAAAGCUACCAUACUUUCUGUAAAUGCAUACACUCCUGUGUUGCCAGAAAUUGAGAUGGUAAUGGUAAUUUUUAUCAAAUUGUUUUGUGUGAUUAUGUAUACGGUUAUUUGUGUGUGUGUGUAAGCGUUACUUUGUUUCGAAAUCAAACACUGAAAGCUAUUUGCGUGUUUGAACCAAUAAGUUUAUUUGUUUUAAUGUGAUUCUAUUUGUGUUUUUCCAUUAAGUUUUUCAAUUGUUUAACCAGAAAUUAUUAUUCGCUGAGCGAAUUAAAGACAUUUCAGAAAUAUAUUGUGAGAGAAACACUACGCGUUGUUUUAUGUUUUCAGCCGCAGUAAACUUGAAUUUAAAAAAAAUGAUAUUCUACUAGUGUUGGCCUCAGCUUCGGUGCUGAGUUAAAGUUAAAGAUGCUUAUUAAAUUGCUGCUAAUGAUAAAAUGAUCCCAUAUGCCAAAUUUUGUAACUCUAGUUAAACGUUUGUCGAAAUUCAAAGUUUUAGUUAGACUAGCUUUUCCCAAGUGCCUUAUGGGAUUUUUGUUAUGCUUAGAUUAUUUAUUCCCUGUAUGGAAUUUACCCCAUUUACCAAGUUAAGUAACUCAUAUAUAAAAUUUGUCAAAACUAAGGGCCUUUGCAGAUGAGAUAAUUGUAACUACCCGGUAUUACUAAAUAUGGUGUGAUCAAGGUCUCCGUUGAUAAAUAUUUAUACAACUAUGAUUUCGGCUUAAGGUCUCGUGAACGCUAUUAUCAUGCAGCUAUAUACACUCAACGUUCUUUCUAAAUGAUCUUUUGAUGAAUUAAAGCAAAACCAAGGCAACUGACUAUGCAUAUUGAUCAAAGUAAAUUUCCUUACCAAAUGUGUGAGGUUAUUUUGAUAGACAUAAAUGAUACGUCUCCCAACUAUUUAGAUUAACCAUUGAGUUCAAAGGUCACAAAAUACACAAAAUAAGUACACCGAUAUUUGAUAAUAAACGCGUGAUCCACAAUUGCAGUCUUGCAUGAAUAUUUUACAAAAAUUUUUAAAUGCUAUUAUACCACACUCGACGCAGAUAAUUGACUAGAAACAAGCAUAUCCUAGGUCAAAUCUUCGACAAUCGGUUAUUAUUAGAGAACACACUAUUGUCAAAAUGUUUAAACUUGGUCUGAUAAUUUAUCGCAACAAUAUUUUAUCAAAAUGUGGUUCACUAGAUCAAAUCUUAUUUAAAAAACUGUGACCACCUGAAGACUUUAUUUAAAAAUCUAUUCUUAAUAUUUAGGCCAAAAUCGAUAAAGCCUUAUACUGUUAUUUGUAUUUAAUUAUUAUAUAUCGAUCGCAUUGUAUUACCUAUUAUUCACAUGUUCAUUUCAUUAUGGCUAAUGUCAGAACAUGUGUACCAGUCCUUUGCAUUUUUCAUAUGCCUGUUAGGAAUUCAUGUUAUAAAUUGGUAAGAUAAGAAGUAUAUUUAAUAUGAAACCUGUUUGCAUUAUCGUAUAUAAAGUCGGUUUCUGAACUGCAUAUCCCUGCAUUAAGCAACGCGAAUAGCUACUAAUAAAUAUAAAUCUCCUCAUUUACAUAUAAGUUAGCACCUGUCUUAUGUAAACUUAAAAUAAAAGCGCUGAGUUUACACAACUAAAUACUAGGAUUUUGGUCAAAGACCAAUUUGACGUCGCUGGUGUGUGGCAGCUGAUGAACAUUGCACCUCCGGGCAGAUGUAGAAAGCCUUUCCGUUCACGGUUUUUAUUUCUGUGAUCUUGCAAUUCCAAAUCAUGCGAUUAGAUGCUGGAAAUCCGAAACCCGCACACAAAGAAUGGACAAUCGCUGCAAUAAUUGCAUCCAAUCUACAAACGAUCGCCCGUGUGUCUGCGGUCUUGUGCCUUUUCAGCAUAGCGAUGUCAUUUACGUUUGUCGGUGCCACCCAUCAGAGAUGGUGGCUGUAUGGGUGCCAGUGUUCUAAUUGGGAGUCACGAGACUCUGUUCGCGAAGUUGUCAUGAACUCCUACAGGGGCCUGUUUGUAGGCCGAGACGACCUGACCAGUCUGCCCGUGGUUAAGCUGCACAAGAAUCCAGGGGAGGCAAAUCUGCAGUCAUACGUGGCAAACACAUUGCCGCACAUCAACCAAUACAUCAAUCCUGGAUGCUGCUAUACUGACUAUAGAUACGAGAUUUUCAACACUACGUCAGUAAAUAGCCAGGAGUUCAAAGUUGUGCACUUUGACAAAGCGUUCCAGUUUGUUCCCACUGGUCGCUGCAAACCUAACAGCACAUGUAACCGCGGCGAGUGCCUGCAGAUGUUCCGACACCACUGGAUGCUUGUGUGGGACGAGCGACUGAGUACUUGGCCGCCGGUCACCUUCCUUCCGGUCGAGGUGCCGUCCCAUUGCCAGUGCGUCAACGUCGGGAGGGCAAAGAGGAGGCGAAGGAGAUCUUCGUGUGCGGUUACCAACGUGUAUAUCGAAAUGCGUGAGCAUCAAAACGACAUCCCCACCGGGUGAUACUAGCUAAACAAACUGUGCCGAGAAAGUCCAUGCAUUUAGUGAGUGUAGGCAAAACAGAGAUAACUGUGUUCAAUAAUUAUAUAACAAUGAAGCUGUUAAAACAGUGAGAGUUCAUGAACUAACGCUAUAUAACAAUGAAGCCGUUUAAACAGUGUGAGUUAAUGAACUAACGCUAUUGUAUCAUUGUGCUAAAUUGCCUAUUUAAUAUACAGUGUGGUUACUAUAAUUUAAUCUAUAUACUGUCAUAUUGCGUUAAUCAACUGUGAUAUGACAAACUUUAUUUAGCUGUUAAUUGAUAUUACUGUUAUUGCUAUACUUUAUUAUGUUAAUUAUGUUUAUUUUAAAGCUAUUUAUAAAUGAAAGUGUUCUAUUUUUGUAGCAGACAAUAGAAUUUAUUUAAUCAUCUCAUCAUACGUUGAUUUUGUUUUAAUUUCUGGUUACUUUUUAUGCUCCCCGAAAUAAAAUUUCGGCGGAGCAUAUAGUCGCCAGUUUGUCCUUCCUUCCUUACUUCCUUACUUCAUUCCGUCACACUUUUGUUACCGUUUCUCAUCGCGCCUUCAUUACUUUACCAAUCUCUUUCAUAUUUGGUAUGUAGGUACCUUGCAUGGACCUCUACCUUUUGAUGAGGUUUGAGGUCUCUGGGUUCAAGGUCAAGAUCACCGAGGCUAAUAAUAUAUUUUCCUUCACGCUCUUGUUACAGUUUCUAAUAGCGCAUUCAAUACAUUACCGAUCUCUUACAUAUUUGCAAUCAAGGUACCUUGCAUGGACCUCUACCUUUUGAUGAGGUUUUUGGUCACUGGGUUCAAGGUCAAGGUCACCGAGGCUUAUAAUAGAUUUUCCUUCACGCUUUUGUUACAGUUUUUAAUAGCGCCUUCAAUACAUUACCGAUCUCUUACAAAUUUGCAAAGUAGGUACCUUGCAUGAACCUCUACCUUUUGAUGAGGAUUGAGGUCACUUGCCCGGGGUCAAGGUCUCCGAGGCUAAUAAUAUAUUUUCCGUCACGCUUUUGUUACAGUUUCUCAUAUGGCCUUUAAUACUUUACCAAUCUCUUUCAUAUUUGGCAUGUAGGUACCUUGCAUGGACCUCUACCUUUUGAUGAGGUUUGAGGUCACUGGGGUCAAGGUCAAGGUCACCGAAGCUAAUACUAUAUUUUUCCGUCACACUUUUGUUACAGUUUCUCAUAGAGUCUUCAAUAUUUUACCGAUCUCUUAGAUAUUUGGCAUGUAGGUACCUUGCAUAGGCCUCUACCUUUUGAUGACGCUUUUGUCAUUUGGGGUCAAGGUCACCGAGGUUAAUAAUAGAUUUUUUAGGUGGUUAUUAACACAUAGAUUGACAAGCGUAUCAUCGGGGAGCAUCCAUCGUUUUCAACGAUACUUCUUGUUUACACAUGUUAUGCAAGUUAAGAUUAAUAGCAUAUUUAUAUUGCACACUAAAAAAAUCCACAUUUUUCCCGAAAAUAAAACAAAAUGUGAUUCAUAUGAUUUACGUACAUGGAUUCUUAAUAAAUUAUGUGUCACAUUUUUUUUAUCAAUUCAGUUGCUAAUAAAAUUCUUAAAAAAAGAAAUUAAUUAAUAAAAUUUUUCGAAUUCCGUGCUUAGGUUUAACAUUCAUUUUUUUUGUUUAUUUAUAUACUAUAAUUUGCAAACAUUUGAUUGUAAAUUAAGCGUUGGAUCGCGAUAAAUGAUUACACAACCUUGAUAGCCAUGCAUUAUAAAUGCACAGUUUUACUUAUUUAAGGAACAUGUCAAGCUUACAUAUUGUAAGUUACAUCAAAUGUGAAUAUGCUAUAUGUAAUAUGGCACUUAAGACACUGGCCACGGGGUUAACUCCUAAGACGCAUGACGACACAUAUUUUGUUAUGGUAUUUAUUUAGAAUUGAUGUGAGAUUAGAUUAGACAUUUUAAACAGGUCGAACCCCCAAAAGCUGUAUAUUGACCGUUGACCGUUUCAAGGCGGUUACACAUGCGCUGUAUUAAUUAUUUCCGCUAAGUGUUGCAUGCUAUGUAGCUGAUAGUAACAAGUAUUUGAUUCCUUAAAAUGUUUCUGGAGCUCUUUUUUUGCUAUGUGUAUUAAGUAAAUAUGCGUGUUUUUCUUUACUUUCAAAGUGUGAAUAAUUUCAUGGUUUUCGAAUUUGUGUUCUUUCGUUUUGCUCAAACCUUUACAGUCAUGGUAGAUUUUCCCUGUAGUUAAGGCGUGUAAGCUGUUUGUGGUUUUUAAAUUAUAUACAUGGUUUUAAGAUCUCCGAACAGAUUUUCCAGGUUAUUAAACAAGUGUUUCUAUUUUUUUAAUAUGUUUUUCAUAUACAGAAACGGCUAAACAUAAUAUUGCCACAAAUAAAAUUAUGUUGAAUUCAGCUAACAAGUAACAGAUACACUGAUAAAAAAAACACAAAAAAACAACAACAACAACCUCAGGCUCAACAAGCAUUGAAUUUCUAGCCAUUAUCCGAUGUUAAGAAGGCGAUAACGAAAAUCAUGAAAGCCGAAGUGAAUAUGAGUCGUGUUCCGUGAAAACUGGGCAAAAUGCAUGUGCGUAAAGUGUCGUCCCAGAUUAGCCUGUGCAGUCCGCACAGGCUAAUCAGGGACGACACUGUCCGCUUUAAUGGUAUUUUACCGAAAAUCUAGUUUAAGAGGAAAGUGUCGUCCCUGAUUAGCCUGUGCGGACUGUACAGGCUAAUUAGGGACGACACUUUACGCACAUGCAUUAUGCCCCGUUUUUUCAGAACAAGACACAGCACUCAACUUAAGUAAAGCACUCAAUUUCCUUGAAAUAAUUUAUCCUUUGUCAGUUGAAGAAAAAUAUCAGCGAUUUUAUUUAUUAUGUGUUAUUGCUUGUUGAUUUGAGUGCAAAUUUGCCUAAUGACCAAUCAAAGGGGACAUAUGUGCACUCAUAUAUUUUGUUUGCAUAGUGUACAUGUACAUUGAAUUGAAAUGGAAAUUGUAUAUUUGAAUUGAGUAGUUAUUCGUAACAUGAACUUCAAUCAUGUUUGUUUCCAAGUGAAAUUUUGUUAAAAAUGGCUAUACGUGUAUAUACUAUUUUAAGCA